CCCUUUGGGAGCGAAAGUAACCGUAUGCCAACCGCUGCAGUGGGAUCGCGUUGUAGUACGCGCUGAUCGACACCAUCCAUGUCUUCGCGCGUCUUCCAAGCAGCUGGACAAUCUCCCGACCCUUAUGAGUUGGAAAGGUUAGCAGAAGAGCUCGUCGCGCGUGAGCAAGCGGGGUCGAGUCGUGCUCCCCGAACCACUACCUCAAUGGAGCUGCCAAUUCAUAUCCCACUAUCGCACGACAAUCCUCACCUAACUGCAGAAGUGUUUAAUGUCGAAGAGUUUUUACUCUCGCGAUCUCACACGUCUCUACAAGACUUGCGCUCAGAACUUAGAGACUACCUUACCUCGUUGAAGGAGGAGCUGGUGUUACUUAUUAAUGACGACUACGAGGCAUUCAUCAGUCUGAGUACGGACCUGAGAGGCGAAGGUUCGAGAUUGGAGAAGCUGAAACUCCCACUUGAUGAUUUGCGGAAACGUAUCUCGGAGUCACGAGCUGGCCUCCAGGCUACGCAAGACACCAUUCAAGAGACACUUGAUGCCCGCACCAAGUUACGCGAAGAGAAGGCACUUCUACAUCUCUUGCUCAAGAUAUCAGAGUCGGUAACCAGACUUGAAAGUCUUCUUCUGAUUUCUCAGGCUCAUCAAGUUACUCCGUCAUCCCUUGAAAGUCAAAAUAGCAAUUAUAUAUCUCACCCUCCAGCCCCUGCCGGACGACCUAUCGAUGUCAAGAGCCAAGGCAACCGCGCAAAGCACCUUUCAAGAGUCACUGCUGAGUACACUCAACUUCUGUAUCACAUCGAGAAGGCAAGAGAAGAAAAUUGCGCUUUUGUGGAUGAAAUACGAUGGCGCAUUGACCGCAUACAAUCAACUCUCACGUCUGACCUUGACCAUCUUUUCUCUGCGAUCCUGGGCUCCCUGACGGACAUCAAGGCAGGAAAAGUUUCAGACCUCGAACGAGCCAAACUAUAUGUUGAUUUGACUGAGUGCCUAAGGAUUUACGACUCACUGCGCCUUUGGAGAGUUGCUGAAGAGAUCAUGCGGAGAGACGUAAUGCAAAGCUUCAUCAAGAAAACUAUCUUUCCUGAUGCACUGGCUACCCCACUCUCACCAAUGUUACCACACACCCCUCUUCCCGCACUCUCUACCCGAACGGAGUCUUCUGGAAGCGGGUUGUUGCCCCGUACACCAUAUACGCCAUUCACUGCAUUUGCCACCAAACAAAAUCCCUUUGAGGCUUCGCAUGUAUCUGGACCGGUACACUUACUGGACGAAUCUAACGAUGCGCUUGCAAAAUUGUACAAUCAGAUCCUUCGCUUCAUUGAGCGAGAUUUUGGGCGCAUCAUGGAGGUUGCGGAACGAGUUUCCCUUAAGGCGGAUUCGACCAAAUCGCAUUCAAGUAUAUCACUGGGGGACUAUCAUCUGGGAGACACACAACAGGCGUCUGCGGAUGGCUUCGAGAUUAUGACCAAUGUAGUGUGGGCAGAAAUCGGUAGGGCAAUAAUGGAUGAACUUGGUACUGUUGUAUUUGCGCCGGGAAACCCAAACGAAUUUCGCAAGCAUCAUUCUACAACCCAGGCUUUCAUUCGAUCUCUCGAGUUCUUGGCUCCUUCCACGCAUUCUGUGCAAAACAUGCGUUCCCACCCAGUUUUCACUACUUUUCAACGACGUUGGCAGCUCUCUGUAUAUUUCCAACUGCGGUGGAAAGAAGUUGUCAUGAAGCUCGAAGAAACUUUGUCCUCAAGAAUUCUGGAUCCUGAAGCACCAAACUUUACUCCCGGGCGUGAUGUAUUUGUAACGGCACAGGCCGCUGACGUUUUCAUUGCAAUUGCUUCGUGCUGGAGUGCCGAAGGCUACAUUCCCGACCUUGCGCAUCGCUUUUGGAAAUUUACUCUUCAGCUCCUAAGCAGGUAUCGGGAAUGGCUGGAAAGCUCAUUGCCGCCUGCGGGAGGGUCUCCAGUGAAACUUGCCGCUAACAUUACGAAUGAAAAGAUUUCAGCAAUUGUCAACCAUCCGAGAUCUUCAACACCCGGGCCUACUCCAGAAGCGACCACUAUUGAAAACACGGCUGCAGAUGAGAUCUUACUAAGACAGUUUGCAACUGCUCUCGUUGAUAUUCGGGCGAUGAUAAACCAAGUCUUGCAUUUGUGGAGAGAAGAGAUUAGCAUGAUGCUUCCCGACACGUCAACGGAAGACAAUGCGGAGGAGGUGCUCGAAGUCGCUCUGAGGACCCAGCUCGGGCAGCUCAGCGCUCUUUCUACAUCAUUGUGCAGCCAGGCUACAACCAUAUUAUCCAGGCGGUGUUGCGAUUCUCUGUUGCCCGUUCGGUCUAUUCCUUCGCAGUUCAGAGCAAUGUCCAACAAACGUUUGCCCUCCGAAGCAAGUUACUUCGUACCCACCAUCCUUCGUCCGGUAAAGAGCUUCUUCGGAAUCAGCACUGGCGGCGGUCCUGGGGGACGCCUCAAGGAGGAAAUGUUGAGGGAUGUCUCGACUGAUGUAGUGGAAAGUGUCUGCCAGCGGUACAUACAGUACUUGACUGCGAUGAAGAAGACCGAGGAAUCCCUACGACGGCUGAAGAAAGGGAAAAAGUCGACAUUAUCUAUCUUCGGAUCCACUGCUGGAAAAGAUGACGGAAAGGAUGAGGAACGCAUCCGUGCGCAGAUGAUACUCGACGUCGAAGCGUUCAAGACAGAAGGCGAGGCCCUAGGAGUUGAUUUGCAAUCCAUGGACAGUUUCAUAGUCCUGGAUCAGAUGGUCCGAGCCGAGCUGGCUGAUGGUGAUCUCUAACCCUUUAUGUUGUCGAGGCGGUAAUUUCAA